AUGGAGGUGACACAGCAGCAGUCCAAUGCUUCUGUUACCGCUACUCGUCAACCUCGAACAGACCCCAUCAAUGACAACAACAGAAAGAACUUCAUUGAUAUUGAUUAUUUUAAUUCUUUUCCACCCGGGUAUAGGUUUCGCCCUUUGGACGGAGAGCUUGUCGUUCAUUACUUGAAAAACAAGAUAGCCAAUCAACCCUUGCCUCCAAACAAGAUCAUGGAGGUUAAACUUUAUGAGUACAAUCCCGAGAAGCUUGCAGAGGAGUAUUGGCAAUGUGGGGAGAAAGAAUGGUACUUUUUUACACCAAGGGACAAGAAAUAUCCAAAUGGAAGUAGACCAAAACGAGAUGCCGGUGGUGGAUACUGGAAGGCAACUGGAGCGGAUAAAGCUGUUAAAUAUAAGGGUGCUGUGGUUGGAUAUAGGAAGGCACUUGUUUUCUACAUGGGAAAGCCUCCAAAUGAUACAAAGACUAACUGGAUUAUGCAUGAAUAUAGGGUCAGUGAUGCCCCUCCAAGAAUCAAAACAAGUACCGAUGAUAUGAGUUUGGAUAAUUGGGUUUUAUGCAGGAUAUAUAAGAGGGAUGCGAAAGACAAUUUGAGAAGUCGACUUUCAAAUGAGGAACAAUCUGCAGAGUUAGAUGAUCAAACUGCUGAUGUUGUUAGGGAUGUUGACAAAAAUAGCGAUCCUCCAGCCUACACAAACGUCCUUAAUGACAAUAAGCAAAUUGUUUCAAUCCCAAUCCAAGAGAAUCCAAGUGCAUUUUAUGAAAAUCCUCCUUAUGUUCCAAUCAACAAUUAUGAUCAUCACCAAGCAAUGUUAGAAGCUGCCAAUUAUCAACGAGCAAUGUUUGCAGCUGCCAACUAUGGAUCUUAUCGAACUUAUGCUACUGGUAUGACACCACCAAUGCCUGAACCUGUUCAGAUAUAUCCCCCAGAGGACAUCCAGAUACAUCCCACAGAGGACAUCCAGAUACAACCCACAGAGGACAUCGUAUCCAAAUAUCUGAAUGAGAAUUCUUGUGAGUUCGAGCUAUCACUAUCACCGGAUGAUUGGGAUAUUAUUUCCAAUUGUCUACUAUAGUUAGUAAUUAGUUAUAUACAGUGAUUGACCAUCAUCUGAUUUGAAAUUAUUUAGUCAUUUGGUGAUCACCUUAUGUAUAGGAUGAUGAUAACUGGUUAGUUAGCAGGGAACAUCCAGUUUUGUCAAUUGAAUUUGCUAGAAUCAAUGGAAAAACAAUUACCAAUGUCCAUUUACUUCAAUAAACGGAGGAUAGCGAUUGCAGAAGCUGCUCCAAAAAGGGUGCAUGCAAUUAUACCUUCAAAUGCAAGAGUGCUUGCCAAACGCAGAUUUCGCCUCAUAUAAGGAACAUCUGUGUCCAAACCAAUCAAGAACAUAAAAAUGACUCGAAAAUUGAAUGUCAGAAGUUGAUAGUAUUCUAUAGAAGAAGACUGGAUAAAGAAUUCCUGAAGUUUUUUGAUUUUGCACAACAAUGAAGGACCUAGCACUAG